AAAAUAUAAAACUGACUCAGGGACAGCAGUUUUACGUUGUACCGUAUCUAUCAUCACGUUUUCUACACCGCUUCCGUGUUUCAGCAGCGGUUCUGUAAAGGUCCAAACAUGAGUGUUUUAUAUCACAGCCUGUGCUGCCGGUUGCUCCACAGUAACGUUAAAGUCUUACAAACAUGUACUCAGACCCAAGCUGUCAGACUGGCACACCAUGUUUUACGGAGAGAAACUGGACUGAAAGAAACACUGUCACCGCCCACAGUUCGCUGCUGCCUGGUGAAUGUGAGUCCGUGGCACGCAUGCAAACCAGCUCAGUGGCUGUAUCAACACUCCGUGAGAACACUUUCCUCAAUACCUCCACCGCCCUCAUCAGGGGAUAAGAAGAAGAAGUCUGGGCCUGUUACAUGGAAAUCUUUAGCAAUAACAUUUGCUAUUGGAGGCGCUCUGCUUGGAGGGAUGAAAUAUUUCAAGAAAGAAAAGGAAGAACUGAUUGAAAAAGAGCGGACCAAAUCUAUUGGUCGACCAGCGCUGGGUGGUCCGUUCUCGCUCAUCGAUCACAACAACAAGCCCUGCAAGAGUGAGGACUUCCUCGGCCAGUGGGUCCUCAUCUAUUUCGGGUUCACUCACUGCCCGGACAUCUGCCCGGAUGAAAUAGAGAAAAUGAUUGAAGUGGUGGAUGAAAUAGAUAAAAUAAAGUCUCUCCCAAACCUGACGCCUGUCCUCAUCACCAUUGAUCCUGACAGGGACACACCAGAGGCCAUGGCUGCAUAUGUGAAAGAGUUUUCCCCGAAGCUGAUUGGCCUGACGGGAACAAAAGCUCAGGUUGAGCAGGUUUCCAGAUCCUACAGAGUUUACUACAGCCAGGGACCUAAGGAUGAAGACAACGACUACAUUGUUGAUCACACAAUCAUCAUGUACCUUGUGGGACCCGACGGAGAAUUUGUGGAGUAUUUUGGACAGAACAAAAGAAGCGUGGAGAUCACCAACUCAAUAGCAGCACAUAUGAGAAAGUACAAGAAGGCGAAGUGAGCAGCAGCCCAUUACUAGCCCCUCACGGACUGACAGAUUCUGUCCUCAGGUGUUUGAUUUUGUUUACUUAAAUCACUCCUGCCGUCUUUUAUUGGCACUCUGUAUUUAUUUUAAACAUGUCUGCAGUACCAUUCUUUUCUAUGAGUGAGGUGCAGAUGAAAACCGGUCUGACGCCUGAUGCUUCUUCAUUAUUAUCCAUAAUAUAUUUCAUGCUUCUGCUGAAUGGACAUAAUUUGGAAAAGUCUGCUUCAGUCUUAAUAAUGUGUACACAUCCACUGCAAUGAGCUCAACAUCUCUCACAUCUGAUGCAAAGAAUACUAAAGUACAUUUUGUGAUAAAAUCUAAAAUACAA